GUCGGUUGCCUCGGCGCCUGAAGAAGCUUCUAGUUAAGAUGUAUCCCUGAUAAGUACUGUCUGGCAAUUCUACAACCUCAUCCGAACUGAGGGGAGCCAUCUUGUCCCUCUCUGUCUCCGAGUUUGUAUCAUCGCCUCCAUCUGUGUCUGUGUGUUUGCAUUAUCGUUGUUUGGCGUUUUUGUUUUUUGCUUGUCACUGUCUGCCUGGGUCCUGCCCAAGGUCUCUAUCCUCGGUUUCCCUGUCCUUGCCUCAGGCCCUGGGAGUGCUCUGAAAGGCUGCGCAGUAUUGGAGGGGACAGAAUGACCUUCCGGCCUUGAGUCCCUGGGGAGCAGAUGGACCCUACUGGAAGUCAGUUGGAUUCAGAUUUCUCUCAGCAAGAUACUCCUUGCCUGAUAAUUGAAGAUUCUCAGCCUGAAAGCCAGGUUCUAGAAGAUGAUUCUGGUUCUCACUUCAGUAUGCUAUCUCGACACCUUCCUAAUCUUCAGACACACAAAGAAAAUCCUGUGUUGGAUGUUGUGUCCAAUCCUGAACAAACAGCUGGAGAAGAACGAGGAGACAGUAAUAGUGAGUUCAAUGAACAUUUGAAAGAAAACAGGGUUGCAGACCCUGUGGAUUCUUCUAACUUGGACACAUGUGGUUCUAUCAGUCAGGUCAUUGAGCAGUUACCUCAGCCAAACAGGACAAGCAGUAUUCUGGGCAUGUCAGUGGUGGAAUCUGCCCCUGCUGUGGAGGAAGAGAAGGAAGAAGAGCUGGAACGGAAGGAGAAAGAGAAGGAAGAAGAUACUUCAGGCAAUACCACACAUUCCCUUGGUGCUGAAGAUACUGCCUCAUCUCAGUUGGGCUUUGGGGUUCUGGAACUCUCCCAGAGCCAGGAUGUUGAGGAAAAUACUGUGCCAUGUGAAGUGGACAAAGAGCAGCUACAGUCAGUAACCACCAACUCUGCUUAUACCAGGCUAUCUGAUGUGGUUGCUAAUACUGCAAUUAAGCACAAAGAACAGUCCAGUGAAGAUAUUCCCAUAGCAGAACAGUCCAGCAAGGAUGUCCCUGUGAUAGCACAGCCCAGUAACGAUGUACAUGUGGUAAAAGAGCAAAAUCUACCACCUGCAAGGUCAGAGAACAUGCCUUUUAGCCCCAAAGUGUCUCUUGCUGCUGUGGAAACAAAAGAACAGAUGUCUGCACAAGAACUUAUGGAAUGUGGACUGCAGAUUCAGAAGUCACCAGAACCUGAGGUUUUGUCAACUCAGGAAGACUUGUUUGACCAGAGCAAUAAAACAGCUUCUGCUGGUUACUCUACUCCUUCAAGGGAGGAAAGUGGGUGUUCUUUGGUUUCUACACCUGCCACCACUCUGCAUCUCCUGCAGCUCUCUGGCCAGCGGUCCCUUGUUCAGGAGAGUCUUUCCACGAAUUCCUCAGAUCUUGUUGCUCCUUCCCCUGAUGCUUUCCGAUCUACUCCUUUUAUCGUUCCUAGCAGUCCCACAGAGCAAGAAGGGAGACAAGGUAAGCCAAUGGACAUGUCAAUGUUAUCUGAAGAAGGAGGGGAGCCUUUUCAGAAGAAACUUCAAAGUGAACCAGUGGAGUUAGAAAAUCCCCCUCUCCCACCUGAGCCCACUGUAUCACCACAAGCUUCAACACCAGUAUCUCAGAGCACACCAAUCUUCACGCCUGGGUCACUUCCUAUCCCAUCCCAGCCUCAGUUUUCUCAUGACAUUUUUAUUCCCUCCCCAAGUCUAGAAGAACAGUCAAACAAUGGGAAGAAAGAUGGAGAUUUGCAUAGUUCAUCUUUGACAGUUGAGUGUUCUAAAACUUCAGAGAUUGAACCAAAGAAUUCUCCUGGGGAUCUUGGGCUAUCUUUGACAGGGGAUUCCUGCAAGUUGAUGCUUUCUACAAGUGAGUAUAGUCAGUCCCCAAAGGUGGAGAGCCUGAGUUCUCACAGGAUUGAUGAAGUUGGAGAAAACACACAGAUUGAGGAUGUUGAACCCAUGUCUCCAGUUCUCAAUUCUAAAUUUGUUCCUGCUGAAAAUGAUAGUAUCCUAGUGAAUCCAGCACAGGAUGAUGAAGUACGACUGAGUCAGAAUGAUGACAAAACAAAGGGAGAUGACACAGACACAAGGGAUGACAUUAGCAUUUUAGCCACUGGUUGCAAGGGCAGAGAAGAAAGUGUAGCAGAAGAUGUUUGUAUUGAUCUCACUUGUGAUUCGGGGAGUCAGGCAGUUCCUUCACCAGCUACCCGAUCUGAGGCACUCUCUAGUGUGUUAGAUCAGGAGGAAGCUAUGGAAAUUAAAGAACACCAUCCAGAGGAGGGGUCUUCAGGGUCUGAGGUGGAGGAAAUCUCUGAGACACCUUGUGAAAGUCAAGGAGAGGAACUCAAAGAAGAAAAUAUGGAGAGUGUCCCAUUGCACCUUUCUCUGACUGAAACUCAGUCCCAAGGGUUGUGUCUUCAAAAGGAAAUCCCAAAAAACGAAUGCUCAGAAGCUAUGGAAAUUGAAACCAGUGUGAUUAGUAUUGAUUCUCCUCAAAAGUUGGCAAUACUUGACCAAGAAUUGGAACAUAAGGAUCAGGAAGCUUGGGAAGAAGCUACUUCAGAGGACUCCAGUGUUGUGAUUGUAGAUGUGAAAGAGCCAUCUCCCAGAGUUGAUGUUUCUUGUGAACCUUUAGAGGGAGUGGAGAAGUGCUCAGAUUCCCAGUCUUGGGAGGAUGUUGCUCCAGAAAUAGAACCAUGUACUGAGAAAAGAUUAGAUACCAAGGAAGAAAAGAGUGUAGAGUAUGAAGGAGAUCUGAAAUCAGGGACUGCAGAAACAGAACCUGUAGAGGAAGACUCUUCACAGCCUCCCUUACCUUUGGUGAGAGCAGAUGAUCCUCUGAGACUUGACCAGGAGAUGGAGCAGACUGAAACUCAGGAGAAAAAAGAUAAUUCAUUAACAGAAGACUCAAAAAUGGCUAAUACAAAGCAGCUAAGCUCAGAUGCAGAGGCCCAGAAGCUGGAGAAGCCAUCUGCCCAUGCCUCACAAAGCUUCUGUGAAAGUUCUAGUGAAACCCCAUUUCAUUUCACUUUGCCUAAAGAAGGUGAUAUCAUCCCACCAUUGACUGGGGCAACCCCACCUCUUAUUGGGCACCUAAAAUUGGAGCCCAAGAGACACAGUACUCCUAUUGGUAUUAGCAACUAUCCAGAAAGCACCAUAGCAACCAGUGAUGUCAUGUCUGAAAGCAUGGUGGAGACUCAUGAUCCCAUACUUGGAAGUGAAAAAGGGGAUUCUGGGGCUGCCCCAGAAAUGGAUGAUAAAUUGUGUCUAAGAAUGAAACUGGUUAGUCCUGAGACUGAGGCGAGUGAAGAGUCUUUGCAGUUCAACCUGGAAAAGCCUGCAACUGGUGAAAGAAAAAAUGGAUCUACUGCUGUUGCUGAGUCUGUUGCCAGUCCCCAGAAGACCAUGUCUGUCUUCUGGAAAGAGAAUGAGGCUCGAAGCGAGGAUACUCCCACCACACCCAUCAGGGGGAACUUGCUCCACUUUCCAAGUUCUCAAGGAGAAGAGGAAAAAGAAAAAUUGGAGAGUGACCAUACAAUGGGGCAGAGUCAACAGCCUAUGAAGCCCAUUAGUCCUGUCAAGAACCUUGUUUCUCCUGCUUCCCAGAAGGUGGUCAUACAAGGGCCAUCCAGUCCUCAAGGAGAAGCAAUGGUGACGGAUGUGCUAGAAGACCAGAAAGAAGGAUGGAAUACUAAUCAGGAAAAUCCUAGUAAGGCCUUGAUUGAAAGGCCCAGCCAAAAUAACAUAGGAAUCCAAACCAUGGAGUGUUCCCUGAGGGUCCCAGAAACUGUUUCAGCAGCAACCCAGACUAUAAAGAUUGUGUGUGAGCAGGGGACCAGUACAGUGGACCAGAACUUCGGAAAGCAAGAUGCCACAGUUCAGACUGAGAGGGGGAGUGGUGAGAAACCAGUCAGUGCUCCUGGGGAUGAUACAGAGUCGCUCCAUAGCCAGGGAGAAGAAGAGUUUGAUAUGCCUCAGCCUCCACAUGGCCAUGUCUUGCAUCGUCACAUGCGAACAAUCCGGGAAGUACGCACACUUGUCACUCGUGUCAUUACAGAUGUGUAUUAUGUGGAUGGAACAGAAGUAGAAAGAAAAGUAACUGAGGAGACUGAAGAGCCAAUUGUAGAGUGUCAGGAGUGUGAAACUGAAGUUUCCCCUUCACAGACUGGGGGCUCCUCAGGUGACCUGGGGGAUAUCAGCUCCUUCUCCUCCAAGGCAUCCAGCUUACACCGCACGUCAAGUGGGACAAGUCUCUCAGCUAUGCACAGCAGUGGCAGCUCAGGGAGAGGAGCCGGACCACUCAAAGGGAAAACCAGCGGGACAGAACCCGCAGAUUUUGCCUUACCCAGCUCCCGAGGAGGCCCAGGAAAACUGAGUCCUAGAAAAGGGGUCAGUCAGACAGGGACGCCAGUAUGUGAGGAGGAUGGUGAUGCAGGCCUUGGCAUCAGACAGGGAGGGAAGGCUCCAGUCACGCCUCGUGGGCGCGGGCGAAGGGGCCGCCCACCUUCUCGGACCACUGGAUCCAGAGAAACAGCUGUGCCUGGCCCCAUGGGCAUAGAGGACAUUUCACCUAACUUGUCACCAGAUGAUAAAUCCUUCAGCCGUGUCACAUCCCGAGUGCCAGACUCCACCAGACGAACAGACAUGGGUGCUGGUGCUUUGCGUCGUAGCGAGUCUCCAGAAAUUCCCUUCCAGGCUGCUGCUGGCCCUUCUGAUGGCUUAGAUGCCUCUUCUCCAGGGAACAGCUUUGUAGGGCUCCGUGUUGUAGCCAAGUGGUCCUCCAAUGGCUAUUUUUACUCUGGGAAAAUCACACGAGAUGUCGGAGCUGGGAAGUAUAAAUUGCUCUUUGAUGAUGGGUACGAGUGUGAUGUGUUGGGCAAGGACAUUCUCUUAUGUGACCCCAUCCCGGUGGACACUGAAGUCACAGCCCUCUCAGAGGAUGAGUAUUUCAGUGCAGGAGUGGUGAAAGGACAUAGGAAAGAAUCUGGGGAAUUGUACUACAGCAUUGAAAAAGAAGGCCAAAGAAAGUGGUAUAAGCGAAUGGCUGUCAUCCUGUCCUUGGAGCAAGGAAACAGACUGAGAGAGCAGUAUGGGCUUGGCCCCUAUGAGGCAGUAACACCUCUCACAAAGGCAGCAGAUAUCAGCUUAGACAAUUUGGUGGAAGGGAAGCGGAAACGGCGCAGUAACAUCGGCUCCCCAGCCACCCCUACUGCCUCCAGUAGCAGCAGCACAACCCCUACCCGAAAGAUCACAGAAAGUCCCCGUGCCUCCAUGGGAGUUCUCUCAGGCAAAAGAAAACUUACCACUUGUGAAGAGGAACGGUCCCCUGCCAAGAGAGGUCGCAAGUCUGCCACUGUAAAACCUGGUGCAGUGGGGGCAGGAGAGUUUGUGAGCCCCUGUGAGAGUGGAGACAACACCGGUGAACCCUCUGCCCUGGAAGAGCAGAGAGGGCCUUUGCCUCUUAACAAGACCUUGUUUCUGGGCUAUGCAUUUCUCCUUACCAUGGCCACAACCAGUGACAAGUUGGCCAGCCGCUCCAAACUGCCAGAUGGUCCUACAGGAAGCAGUGAGGAAGAGGAGGAAUUUUUAGAAAUUCCUCCUUUCAACAAGCAGUACACAGAAUCCCAGCUUCGAGCAGGAGCUGGCUAUAUUCUUGAAGAUUUCAAUGAAGCCCAGUGUAACACAGCUUACCAGUGUCUUCUAAUUGCGGAUCAGCACUGUCGAACCCGGAAGUACUUCCUGUGCCUUGCCAGUGGGAUUCCUUGUGUGUCUCAUGUCUGGGUCCAUGAUAGUUGCCAUGCCAACCAGCUCCAGAACUACCGUAAUUAUCUGUUGCCAGCUGGGUACAGCCUUGAGGAGCAAAGAAUUCUGGACUGGCAACCCCGUGAAAAUCCUUUCCAGAAUCUGAAGGUACUCUUGGUGUCAGACCAACAGCAGAACUUCCUGGAGCUCUGGUCUGAGAUCCUCAUGACUGGUGGUGCAGCCUCUGUGAAGCAGCACCAUUCAAGUGCCCAUAACAAAGAUAUUGCUUUAGGGGUAUUUGAUGUGGUGGUGACGGACCCUUCGUGCCCAGCCUCAGUGCUGAAAUGUGCUGAAGCAUUGCAGCUGCCUGUGGUGUCACAAGAGUGGGUGAUCCAGUGCCUCAUUGUUGGGGAGAGAAUUGGAUUCAAGCAGCAUCCAAAAUAUAAACACGAUUAUGUUUCUCACUAAAGAUAUUUGGUCUUACUGGUUGUAUUCCCUGCUAUUGUGGAGAUUGUGUUUUAACCAGGUUUUAAAUGUGUCUUGCGUGUAACUGGAUUCCUUGCAUGGAUCUUGUAUAUAGUUUUAUUUGCUGAACUUUUAUGAUAAAAUAAAUGUUGAAUCUCUUUGGUUGUAGUAA